AUGACAUUCUCAAAACAACUUUUCACUUUAAUUUUCCUCUUCCUCUUCCUCUUCCCUCUCCGACACGCCUCAAACCCUAAUAAAUGUUCUUCUUCUUUUUCAAGGCCACUCAGAUGUGGACCCUUAGAUGUCCCCAUUCGUUUUCCUUUCUGUGACCAUGCACAAUUCAAUCUCCACUGUACCGAUCUCAAUAAGACAGUCCUAGAACUUCCUAUGUCCGGAACAUUUCUUGUCCAUGAUAUCGACUACAGAAGGCAAAAGAUUUAUAUCAACGACCCUGAAAACUGUUUGGCUAAACGGCUUUUAACCUUCAAUAUUUCAGGAUCUCCUUUCUCUCCUCGCUUCGAGAUCUUCUACACAUUCUUGACUUGUCCUAAUGAGGUCGUGUUGCCGUCUUGGUAUCCAUCCAUUCCUUGCCUAAGCAAUUCUACUUCAUCCUUCUUCGCCACGUCUAAUUUUGCUCUUGCACAGUCUAUGCUACCUUCUUGUCAGAUCGUGAAGAGAUUACAUGUUCCCUCUAAUUCGCCAUUUGGAGAAACAAGAUUCUCGAGUUACCUCAACAAUCAAAACCUCCUGUUGGAGUGGGACUCGCCUGAUUGCAGAGGUUGUGAGGUAGAUUACUUGAGAUGUGGAUUUAAGAACAAGGCAUCCCUCGAAAUCAAAUGCUUUGAUGCUAAAAAAUCCGGUCAUUUAAGUAGUGGAGUACUGGUACUAGUUAUAAGCUUGUCAGCAGUCACCGUCUUUGUCUUUCCUACUUGUAUCGCUAUCCGCCUUUACAACUCCGAAAGCUUCGAUUCCCUAGCUAUCGCAGCCGCGACCGUGAUGCAGCAGCCAAGAGAGGUUAUGACCACGAGGGGUCUCGACCAAUCUACGAUCGAAACAUUCAAGAAAAUGGAGUUGGGAGAAAGUAGGAGGAUUUCCGGGACUAAUGGUAUUGUAUGUCCGAUUUGUUUAUCAGAGUAUGCAAGCAAAGAGACCGUACGGUUCAUACCGGAAUGUGACCAUUGCUUUCACGUGAAAUGUAUUGAUGUAUGGCUCAAGAUUCAUGGUUCGUGUCCUCUUUGUCGGAACUCACGUGCGUGAAGGAAAUGCUGAAAUGUUUGAAGUCUUCAACGUUUUGAUGAAUGUCACUAAUUUAUUAUGUGUUUUAUGGAGUGAAUAUUUAUGUUCUUGACUAACGAUUAAUGAUAUGAUUAUAUUCAAUGUUGUGUCGAUGAAUGUGUUACUAUAAUUACAGGAACGAGAGA